AAAACGUUUGCAAGAGAAUCGAACCAUUAGUCAAGAAGUGGCAGAAGCCCUGCCAGUCUUAAAAACUUCGUCUGUAUGAUCAUAAACGCUUAUAUAUGGUUGGUUAGGACAAAACGUAUAACAAAAUGUUCAGGAAUGCAUGUGUAUUAGCUGUAGUUAUUUCUAUAUUUAUUCAAUAUAAUGCAGUGACCGCUACGUACAAAUGCGCGCCGAAACGAAAAUUAAGCGUGGCUGCUCCAUGCCAAGGCACCUGCCAGAAGAGGAAACCUGACAUCUGCAUCCCUGGCCCCGGAUGCUACUGUCCAGGAAAGGGAGAGUUGUGGGACCAAAAAGUAAAGAAAUGUGUGCCAGCGAAAAAGUGUUCAAACGGACCCGGCGGUGUACAAGGGAAACCAAAGUCUAAGCUGCCGAAGAGUCAGAGGAAAUUCACUAUCGCUAACGUGGGUGAAGCCAACGAUUCAGGUGGUGGUUUCAAGGUGAAAACUCAUGUGGACUUUGGCGACCUCUCCGACUUUUUGCAUCAUGUUUCCGGGCACAUAAAAGGCGGAGCCAAGGCAGUAGGCAACAAGAUACAGGAAGCCGUUCAUGGAGGAAAUUGGAAAGCAGGUGGAGGAGCAUCAGGUGGAGGAGGCGGAUCAGGAGGGGGAGGAGCAUCAGGUGGGGGAGGUGCAGGAGGAAGUGCCAGUGGAAGUUUCGGCGGCGGUGGAGGUGGAGGAGGCAGUUGGAGUGGCAGUAUAUCCAUCAAUGGAAAUGCUCAUUCAGGCAUUGCAGCUUCUUUGGAACAUCUGAUCAAGGUACUCGCCUCGUUACCAAUCAGGAUACCUAAGUUCUUAUACCAUGCGGAUAUGAAGAUCAUGAGCGUCCCAAUAAAGAUCAUCAAAAACGUAGUAUCAGGGGCUACCAAAGCGGGCAGCAUGAUCGGAGGUGAGGGACUCAAGAUUGGAAUGAAUGUUGGUCACUUCGAUGCCGAAUUUGUCGCUGGUGUUAUCGGAAGAAUUGAGAGUGUCAUCGGUUGGAUCGUGAAGCACCUCGCUUCAGUUCAGAUCGAUGGAAUGGAAGGCGCGGGAGAUAUCGCCGGGUUCAUCAUGGGACGUAUAAAGGCUACGUUUAAUUUGAUCUUCAAGGGUGCUGCCUUUGGUCUUACAAAUGCGGAGAAGAUUGCUAGUGGCGGAUUCAGACUCAGCCACAUUAAGCCCAUCGUACAAGGAAUUCUCAGACUACCCGUUAUUAGGACAUUUGUACACUUGUUGGCACAAUUCAGGACAUGGUUCAUGGUGACAAAUAUGGACCAAUUGAAUGAACUAGGUGUAUUCAUGGACCAAAUUAUCAUGCAACAUCAGGAGUUCUUCGUACCACUGUUCCACAAAAUAUUGAACGUACUUCUAGCAUGGGUCGAGGCAUACCAUCAAGUCAGGGAUGGAGGUAACAAGACAGGCGUUUCUUUCACAUUAGGAGGAUUACAUCUUGCCUUAGGACCUCUGACAAAAGGUAGUUGGCAAAUGUGCGGACUAGGUGGAAAAACGAUAGGAUCAUCUGGUAAAGGAGGUUCCGGUGGCAUGGGAGGUGGCAGUGGAUCUAUGAAAGGAGGCAGUGGAGGUAUGGCAGGAGGCAGUGGAGGCAAGGGAGGAGGCAGUGGAUCCAUGGGAGGUGGCGGAUCAAAGAGGCUCAGGAGGUGGAGGUUCAUCGAUAAAUCUCUCAGGAGGUGGGACUGGGGGAUUUGGAAUGGCUAGCAAACUCAUAAAUGGCGAGAUGCAAAACACCGGAAAAGGAAUGGAUAGCAAAGGCAAAGGAAAGGGAGCUAAAGGAAAAGGUGGCAAAAGUGUAUCCUGGAAAGGAAGAAUGGGUGGAGGUACGCGAAGUCUAUCCUGGGUAGGAGGUAUGGGUGGAAAAGGUGGCAUAUCCAUUGGAGGAAAAGGCAAAGGAAAAGGAGCCAAAGGAAAAGGAGCUAAAGGAAAAGGGAAAGGUGGCAUAUCCAUAGGCGGAAAAGGCAAAGGAAAAGGAGCCAAAGGAAAAGGAAAAGGAGCUAAAGGAAAAGGGAAAGGUGGCAUAUCCAUAGGUGGAAAAGGCAAAGGAAAAGGAGCCAAAGGAAAAGGGAAACGUGGAAAAGGAAUUAAAGGAAAAGGGAAAGGUGGCAAAGGAGGUCUAUCUUGGGGAGGAAGAAUGGGUGGCGGCAAAGGCGGUAUAUCCUGGGGAGGAGGUAUCAGUGGAAAAGGCAAAGGAAAAGGAUCCAAAGGAAAAGGGAAAGGUGGAAAAGGAGUUAAAGGCAAAGGAAAAGGGAAAGGUGGAAAAGGAGCUAAGGGAAAAGGGAAAGGUGGCAUAUCCAUAGGCGGAAAAGGCAAAGGAAAAGGAGCUAAAGGAAAAGGGAAAGGUGGCAUAUCCAUAGGCGGAAAAGGCAAAGGAAAAGGAUCCAAAGGAAAAGGGAAAGGUGGAAAAGGAGCUAAGGGAAAAGGGAAAGGUGGCAUAUCCAUAGGCGGAAAAGGCAAAGGGAAAGGUGGCAUAUCCAUAGGUGGAAAAGGCAAAGGAAAAGGAGCCAAAGGAAAAGGGAAAGGUGGAAAAGGAGUUAAAGGAAAAGGGAAAGGUGGCAUAUCCAUAGGCGGAAAAGGCAAAGGAAAAGGAGCUAAAGGAAAAGGGAAAGGUGGCAUAUCCAUAGGCGGAAAAGGCAAAGGAAAAGGAUCCAAAGGAAAAGGGAAAGGUGGAAAAGGAGCUAAGGGAAAAGGGAAAGGUGGCAUAUCCAUAGGCGGAAAAGGCAAAGGAAAAGGGAAAGGUGGCAUAUCCAUAGGUGGAAAAGGCAAAGGAAAAGGAGCCAAAGGAAAAGGGAAAGGUGGAAAAGGAGUUAAAGGAAAAGGGAAAGGUGGCAAAGGAGGUCUAUCUUUGGGAGGAAGAAUGGGUGGCGGCAAAGGAGGUAUAUCCUGGGGAGGAGGUAUCAGUGGAAAAGGCAAAGGAAAAGGAUCCAAAGGAAAAGGGAAAGGUGGAAAAGGAGCUAAAGGAAAAGGGAAAGGUGGCAUAUCCAUAGGCGGAAAAGGCAAAGGAAAAGGAGCCAAAGGAAAAGGAGCUAAAGGAAAAGGGAAAGGUGGCAUAUCCAUAGGUGGAAAAGGCAAAGGAAAAGGAGCAAAAGGAAAAGGGAAAGGUGGAAAAGGAAUUAAAGGAAAAGGGAAAGGUGGCAAAGGAGGUCUAUCUUGGGGAGGAAGAAUGGGUGGCGGAAAAGGAGGUAUAUCCUGGGGAGGAGGUAUCAGUGGAAAAGGUGGCAUAUCCAUAGGAGGUAAAGGCAAAGGAAAAGGAUCCAAAGGAAAAGGGAAAGGUGGAAAAGGAGCUAAGGGAAAAGGGAAAGGUGGCAUAUCCAUAGGCGGAAAAGGCAAAGGAAAAGGGAAAGGUGGAAAAGGAGCCAAGGGAAAAGGGAAAGGUGGCAUAUCCAUAGGCGGAAAAGGCAAAGGAAAAGGAGCUAAAGGAAAAGGGAAAGGUGGCAUAUCCAUAGGUGGAAAAGGCAAAGGAAAAGGAGCUAAAGGAAAAGGGAAAGGUGGAAAAGGAGGUAAAGGAAAAGGGAAAGGUGGCAUAUCCAUAGGUGGAAAAGGCAAAGGAAAAGGGAAAGGUGGAAAAGGAGCUAAGGGAAAAGGGAAAGGUGGCAUAUCCAUAGGCGGAAAAGGCAAAGGAAAAGGAUCCAAAGGAAAAGGGAAAGGUGGAAAAGGAGCUAAGGGAAAAGGGAAAGGUGGCAUAUCCAUAGGCGGAAAAGGCAAAGGGAAAGGUGGCAUAUCCAUAGGCGGAAAAGGCAAAGGAAAAGGAGCUAAAGGAAAAGGGAAAGGUGGCAUAUCCAUAGGCGGAAAAGGCAAAGGAAAAGGAUCCAAAGGAAAAGGGAAAGGUGGAAAAGGAGCUAAGGGAAAAGGGAAAGGUGGCAUAUCCAUAGGCGGAAAAGGCAAAGGAAAAGGGAAACGUGGAAAAGGCAAAGGAAAAGGAUCCAAAGGAAAAGGGAAAGGUGGAAAAGGAGCUAAAGGAAAAGGGAAAGGUGGCAUAUCCAUAAGUGGAAAAGGCAAAGGAAAAGGAGCAAAAGGAAAAGGGAAAGGUGGAAAAGGAAUUAAAGGAAAAGGGAAAGGUGGCAAAGGAGGUCUAUCUUGGGGAGGAAGAAUGGGUGGCGGAAAAGGAGGUAUAUCCUGGGGAGGAGGUAUCAGUGGAAAAGGUGGCAUAUCCAUAGGAGGUAAAGGCAAAGGAAAAGGAUCCAAAGGAAAAGGGAAAGGUGGAAAAGGAGCUAAGGGAAAAGGGAAAGGUGGCAUAUCCAUAGGCGGAAAAGGCAAAGGAAAAGGGAAAGGUGGAAAAGGAGCCAAGGGAAAAGGGAAAGGUGGCAUAUCCAUAGGCGGAAAAGGCAAAGGAAAAGGAGCUAAAGGAAAAGGGAAAGGUGGCAUAUCCAUAGGUGGAAAAGGCAAAGGAAAAGGAGCUAAAGGAAAAGGGAAAGGUGGCAUAUCCAUAGGCGGAAAAGGCAAAGGAAAAGGAGCCAAAGGAAAAGGCAAAGGAAAAGGAGCUAAAGGAAAAGGGAAAGUUAAAGGAGGAAAAGGAGCUAAGGGAAAAGGGAAAGGUGGAAUAUCCAUAGGCGGAAAACGCAAAGGAAAAGGGAAAGGUGGCAUAUCCAUAGGCGGAAAGGGCAAAGGAAAAGGAUCCAAAGGAAAAGGGAAAGGUGGAAAAGGAGCUAAGGGAAAAGGGAAAGGUGGCAUAUCCAUAGGCGGAAAAGGCAAAGGAAAAGGGAAAGGUGGCAUAUCCAUAGGUGGAAAAGGCAAAGGAAAAGGAGCCAAAGGAAAAGGGAAAGGUGGAAAAGGAGUUAAAGGAAAAGGGAAAGGUGGAAUAUCCAUAGGCGGAAAACGCAAAGGAAAAGGGAAAGGUGGCAUAUCCAUAGGCGGAAAGGGCAAAGGAAAAGGAUCCAAAGGAAAAGGGAAAGGUGGAAAAGGAGCUAAGGGAAAAGGGAAAGGUGGCAUAUCCAUAGGCGGAAAAGGCAAAGGAAAAGGGAAAGGUGGCAUAUCCAUAGGUGGAAAAGGCAAAGGAAAAGGAGCCAAAGGAAAAGGGAAAGGUGGAAUAGGAGUUAAAGGAAAAGGGAAAGGUGGCAAAGGACGUCUAUCUUGGGGAAGACGAAUGGGUGGCGGCAAAGGAGGUAUAUCCUGGGGAGGAGGUAUCGGUGGAAAAGGUGGCAUAUCCAUAGGAGGAAAAGGCAAAGGAAAAGGAUCCAAAGGAAAAGGGAAAGGUGAAAAAGGAGCUAAGGGAAAAGGGAAAGGUGGAAUAUCCAUAGGAGGAAAAGGCAAAGGGAAAGGGGCUAAAGGGAAAGGUGGAAAAGGAGCUAAAGGGAAAGGUGGCAUAUCCAUAGGCGGAAAAAGUAAAGGAAAAGGGAAAAGUGGAAAAGGAGCUAAGGGAAAAGGGAAAGGUGGCAUAUCCAUAGGCGGAAAAAGCAAAGGAAAGGGAGCCACAGGAAAAGGGAAAGGUGGAAAAGGAGCUAAAGGAAAAGGGAAAGUUGGCAUAUCCAUAGGUGGAAAGGCCUGAAAGGUCUCCUCGGAUGCUGUACUACGAGGGCAGAAGCAAUGAUACAUAAUACUUCAUAUUUUUAACUUCCCUUUGUAACAACUAACAAUGUAUUAUGUAUUUAGAAUAAACAAAUAAACGGUAAGAAAAU